AUGUUCAUAUAUUUAAGCAAAAAGAUUGCCAUACCAAACAAUACAAAACUGCAUUGCAUUGCAUGGAAUGCUGAAGAUGGAUAUAUAGCUGUUGGUGGUGAGGAUGGCUUACUGAAAGUCCUCAAAUUGGAUUCAGGUAAUGAAGCUGGUGCAGGACCAAAUUUAAGAGGUCUUGCAGCCUCCAGUAAUUUAUCCAUGAAUCAAACACUUGAGGGUCACACAGAGAAUAUCAAAGUGAUCACUUGGAAUGAGACCCAUAAGAAGCUCACAACCAGCGAUCAAAACGGCGUUAUUAUUGUAUGGAUGUUAUACAAAGGGGCUUGGUAUGAGGAGAUGAUAAAUAACAGGAAAAAGUCUACUGUUGUUGGAAUGUGUUGGAGUUAUGAUGGAUUAAAGAUCUGUAUUAUAUAUGAAGAUGGGGCUGUGAUUGUUGGAUCUGUGGAUGGAAAUAGAAUUUGGGGAAAGGAACUAAAAGGCGUCCACUUAUCCAGUGUGCAAUGGUCUCCAGAUGGAAAGCUCCUACUUUUCAGCUUGCACAAUGGUCAAGUUCAUUUGUAUGACAAUCAAGGAAACUUUGUUAUGCGUUUGGAAGUCCAAUGUUUAGAGUCUACAGAUAUUGUUGCCGUUGUUGGUUUGGAUUGGUAUAAUGGGAAGCAUGGUUAUAUCCAUGCCUUGUGCCCUUGCCUAGCAAUUUGCUAUGAAAAUGGACGGAUGCAACUCAUGUAUAAUGAAAGCGACCCAAGUCCGGUCAUAUUGGAUACAGGUAUGAAUGCGGUGUAUUGUAGCUGGAACCACAAUGGAACACUAAUUGCUGUAACCGGUCGACAAAUUGAAGCGGAUAAAGAGAGUAAUGUUGUACAGUUUUACAGUCCUUAUGGUGAUCAUUUGCGUACUUUGAAAGUACCGGGACAUUCAAUAUCCUGCUGCGUCUGGGAAGGAGGUUCUCUACGAGUGGCCUUAGCCGUGGAUUCAUUCGUAUACUUCGCCAAUAUUCGUCCAAAUUAUAAAUGGUGUUACUUCAAGAAAACUGUGGUUUAUACAUCAUGUAGACCACAAAAGCCAGGAGUCUGUAUAACAUUUUGGGACAUAACAAAUAAUCAAUGUCAUUCAAGGUAUGUUCCUGUGCUGAUAGGAAUCGCUGCUUUUGGCGAUCAUUGCGUUUUAGUUACAAAAUCCGAUACGGAUAAUGAAUUAAAAGAGCAACAAUACGGUUUACUACUUUGCAACACCUUGGGAACUCCAGUUGAUGGAAAAUACAUAGAUAUUGAACCUCAGUUUGUUGCCAUCAAUUCCACUCAUGUAUUCGCAGCGUCAAAAAAUAAUUUCUUGGUGUGGCAGUAUAAAACACCGAAGUCUUACAGUUUAUUAACUCAUCGUAUGAAAUGUCGAUUGUAUCAUAUUGAUGACAACCCUUCGGGCGCUGUGGAAGUUAUCCAAGAUUUGGAACAAAAUGUAGAAUUGCCGGUGAGCUUGCAGCCUUCCAACGAUCCAAUAUGUUGCAUUGCUGCUUCGGAUAGGGCUCUGGUCAUAGGUAGAGAAUCUGGAAAUUUGCAACACUACGCGUUACCUCAUUGCGCGCUAUGCAAUCGCUACAAAAUUGGUUCUCGUCCACACAAAAUGGCAAUAAACUGCAACUCGACGCGUAUUUCAAUCAUAGAUGUGUCAGGUAUAAUGACGGUGCUCGAUUUAACGGAGAAUAUAACAAGAAGUAAUCCAGAUUUGAAUAAGAUGGAGAGAAAAGACGUUUGGGCCAUGUGUUGGGCUUCAGAUAAUCCCCAAUCACUGGCGAUUAUGGAGAAAACUAGAAUGUAUAUUUUCAAAGGUGUUAAUCCUGAAGAGCCGAUUUCUAGUUCCGGCUACAUCUGCAGUUUUCAAGAUUUGGAAAUUGAAGCUGUGCUGUUAGAUGAAGUUAUGGAAAAUCCGGAAAAGAUGAACAGCGAUCAUAUUUUAAAAUUGGAGGUGAAGAGUUUAAGAGAUACCAGGCAGUUGUUGGAGAAGGUUGGUAUUAAUGAGGCGGCUGAAUUCAUAGAAGAUAAUCCUCAUCCGAGAUUGUGGAGAUUGUUGGCGGAGGCCGCAUUGAAGGAGGUCAACUUGACCGUAGCAGAAUCAGCCUUUAUAAGGUCUCUGGACUACUGCGGUAUAUUAUUCGUGAAGCGAUUGCACGGUAUUAAUAACGAAACCAUUCGAAAAGCUUGCAUAGCCACCUACUUUAAGGAGUUCGACAAGGCGGAAAAGUUCUACAUCGAAUCUGAUAGAAGGGACUUAGCAUUAAUCCUUCGACAGACACUGGGCGACUGGUUUAGGGUGAUACAAAUCAUGAAAAACGGAGUGUCCGCUCCUGAUUUAGUACUGAACGUCGCAUACAAUUCCACUGCUGAUUAUUUUGCGCACUUCAACAAUUGGACAGCGGCGGUCGAGUACUAUGAACUAGCGAAGAAUCGCCAUGAGAUGAUCGAGUGUUAUUACCAUCUAGAAGAUUACAAGGCAUUACAGGAGAUGAUCGAUUCGUUACCGGAGGGAGAUUCUUUGCUACAGAAUAUAGCGGAUUUGUUCGCAUCAGAUGCGGUAUACUCUGUAGCCAUUAAGGCUCUAAUUAAAUUGGGCAACAUAAAAGCAGCAGUCGAUCUGUGCAUUCUGCACAAUAAAUGGGAUCAGGCUAUAGAACUUGCUACGAAAUACGACCUGCCUCAAAUAAACGUUUUAUUCAAGAAGUAUACUCUACAUUUGGUCGAGCAAAAUAUGCUGACUAAUGCAGUUGAGAUCAACAUGCAGGCGAAACAUUUCAGCGACGCCUCAGAGCUGGCCUUAAAAUUCGCAGUUCAAGAGUCAAAGAGGCCAAUGAAAAAACUUAUUAGUGUUAAGAAACUGUUCGUAUACGCUGCGCUUCUAACGGAAUCGAGCGUCUCGACUGAUGUGAAUCUCGAUUUGCAAGACAACAUCUGGAAAGGCGCUGAAGCAUAUCACUAUUUGAUUCUUGCGCAAGAGAAUCUGUAUGCUAACAAGUUCAAAGAGGCUAUGAACAUAGCUUUCAAGCUACAGGAAUAUACUAACUACAUCAAUGAAACCGAGGUGUACACUUUACUUGCUUUGAUUGCUAGUCAACAUGAAGCUUAUGGAGUCUGUUCCACAGCUUUCAUCAAAUUGAAAUCUUUACCACUGACUGAAGGAGAGUUAGCAGAGUGCCAGCGAUUAUGUUUCGAUAUUUUCAGUUUGCAUAAGCCUUGUGAUGAUCAUUUGAAGAAGAGAAAGUGUCCACAUUGUAAUAACGCUCUUUUCGAUUGGAGCACCAUUUGUGGAGAAUGCAACUCUACAUUUACUAAUUGCAUUGUAUCUGGUGAACCUAUUUUGAAUCGACAUCAAUCCCAGUGGAUUUGCAGGACUUGCCAUCACGUCGCAUUAGAGAAAUACAUUAGUUUCAGGAAAUUUUGUCCUUUGUGCCAUUCGGCAAUUUAAUUCUUGCACUUGCGUCUUUAAAUUAUAGAUCUACAAUAUAGAAAUGCUUCAAGGACCAAUAUAAUGAUUAUACAACAAAUUUACUGCAUUACAA